AUGGAGGCACCAAGCAACACAACAUCCCUGAUGGAGAUGGGUAACUUCAGUGAGGAUUCGUGCAAUGAAGGCGGGCUAUUUGUUUGUUCAGAGAGGCAGAUACCUAUUGCAGUCACACUCAGCCUCAUCAGCAUCGUAACAGUGUGUGGUAACAUCUUCGUCAUGAUAGCGUAUACCACUGAUAACCGCAUCAGAUCAACAGUAGCAAAUACCUUCAUUCUCAACCUGUCAAUAUGUGAUUUGAUCAUUGGUGCAGUUUCCAUUCCCCUUAAUUCCAUAUGGGUUGUUAUUGGGUGGUGGCCAUUUGGAAAGAUCCUGUGCCAGAUAUGGUUAGUAUUGGAUUACACUUGCACCAAUGUUACCGUCUUGACUAUUAUCUUCAUCAGUUUGGAUCGAUACUGGCUUCUCACCAAGAAACUUGCUUACGGUACUUUCCAAACACACAGACAGGCCACUGUUAUGUGCGUAACUGUAUGGAUUAUCUAUACAGUGUUUUAUUCUCUUGUUACCUUUGGGUGGGGCCCGUUGUUCGGAGAUGGAAAUGUGAACUAUUCCGAAGAUUGCGAACUUGAACCGUUUGAGAACGGCCCCUUCGUUGGAUUUCAACUUGCCGUGGAGUUCCUAAUCCCCCUUCUUGUUAUCAUUUACUUGAAUACAAAGGUAUACAUGAACAUUAAGCAGAGAUCAAAGGGACAUUUCCGAAGUGCUUGCCCUUCGCAUGAGAGUUCAUUAGCUGCCAGCAGCAGGGACGCAGCAUUGCAUCCAGGUCCUUUCAGACAAGAUUCAACUGCAGAAAGAGAACAAAAUACUCACUUCACAGAUCACUCUGAGGUGAAAGAUAAAGGCAAGACAGAACCAAUGCAACUUGAUAGCCAAGAAUACCACUGCAAUGCAGGAUACGACAUAGAACUAGAUGAUAUAUCAAUCAUAUUUAAUUCUGACCAACGGCUUCCUCCGAUCAGAACUGCUCAAGUUAUCGGUAGGGAACGGGUCAUUGAGAAUGAGGAGGCAAGUAGUCCAUGUCACGCAGUAAAACACCCAACUACUAACCUUAGCGCUCAUCCUCCUCAAGCCCGGCGGCGAGCACGUGAGCUACAGAGGCAUCGUAAGGCAGCGGUUACACUCUCAGUCAUUGUAGGUGUCUUCGUGGCGACGUGGCUCCCGUUUCAUGUAUCUUCAAUCCUAGUGGCAUUCUGUGAACACUGCAUCAGCGAUCUAACAUGGGAAAUCGUCAAUUACUUGUUGUGGUGCAACUCCACUCUAAACCCGUUCCUGUAUGCUCUUCUGGUCGUACGGUUCCGGCAAAACUUCUCUCGCUAUUUAGGGUUACACUUGUGUACAAAACGACGGUAGUUGAGAGAGGGGUGUUUCACGGGUGCACAUCUUUAUCCCAAAUAGUCCAUCUGCGUGUUAUAUUUGAAUAGAUUAACUGGUUCAGUCACGUGCUUAAUCACAAGUUACCACUUGAAUUUGAACUCCUCAGACUGUGUCAC